AUUCAUAGUUAAACCACAACUUUAGUUCAGAGACUGAAGCUUUUGGUCUGAAAUCAGGAUGGUAUACUGCCAGGCGUAUGGCUGCCGAAAUCGGUCAGAAAAGGGCAACAAAUGCAGCUUUUACCGAAUUCCUGAUCCGCAGAAGAGGCCAGAAAUCACUAAAAAAUGGGUGGCUGCACUAAAGGUAGAGAAAUUCAACAAGCCUUCCUCCAAAUUCACGAGGAGUGAUGUUGUUUGUAGCGAGCAUUUUACCGACGACUGCUUUGAAAAGAUCGUGAUAGAGUUGCCUGGGAAAGUCCCCCCAAAACGACUGAAAUUUGAUGCUGUCCCUUCAAUUUUCCUCCAUCGUGGCCCCCAGCCGAAAGCCCGGGAAAGUACGGAGAAGAGAUUGGCAAGGAUGGAAGCUCAAAAAUAUAUCCAAACAGUCUUGGCAGCACCAACCAGUGGAAAUGAUGGCCAAACUUUUCAGAGUAACAUCCAAUCUACACGUACAUGCACCUCUGCUUUUGCAUCUCCUGCACCGUCUCUUUCUUGGAACAGGAAAAUAUAUGUGCCUUCAGUUUGCAAGCAAGCCACCAUGUCUCUGCCAGAGAUGGAUCAGUAUCUUUCAGAUGUUCAGGUUUAUUUCACAGCCAAGGAAUGGGCAACGUUCAGCAGUUAUGAGAGAAUUUGUAUCAAGAACAUCAAAGAAAACUAUGAGAUGGUGAACAAAGUUGGAUUACAGGUCAAUCCACCUAUGUUUAUGCAACGUCAGCAAGAAAUAAAACUAGAGAUCAAAGAGGAAAAUGAUAGCGAGGAUGAGGAAAUGACGUUAGAACCUUCCCAUGUACUUGUCAAUGAUGAAAAGCCAGAUGACAUAAAGGAGAACAACUUACAUGAAGAGAGUCCAAACCAUUUCACUAUUAAAGUGGAGACUGAGUAUGAUGAUGAUGGGAAUCUGCUUAAUGCUCAUGAUAUCGGAGGAGAGGGAAUCAUCGGACUAUUUGAAUGGAAGGACUAUGAUGAAGCUAUCCAGACACAAUCCAAUCCAGCAUCAGGUGAUGAGAGGUCAGGGGAUCUCAGGACUCAGUCAUGUGAUCAGAGGACAGAACAAACUUUGAUAGAAGUAGCUGCAGGGGGUGACCAGACUUCCAAGCAAUCAGGUGAUCUCAGAACCCAGUCAGGUGAUCUCAACUCUCAGUCAUGUGAUCAGAAGACAGAACAAACUUUGAUAGAAGUAGCUGCAGGGGGUGACCAGACUCCCAAGCAAUCAGGUGAUCUCAAAACCCAGUCAGGUGAUCUCAACUCUCAGUCAUGUGAUCAGAGGACAGAACAAACUUUGAUAGAAGUAGCUGCAGGGGGUGACCAGACUUCCAAGCAAUCAGGUGAUCUCAGAACCCAGUCAGGUGAUCUCAACUCUCAGUCAUGUGAUCAGAAGACAGAACAAACUUUGAUAGAAGUAGCUGCAGGGGGUGACCAGACUUCCAAGCAAUCAGGUGAUCUCAGAACCCAGUCAGGUGAUCUCAACUCUCAGUCAUGUGAUCAGAAGAAAGCACAAACUUUGAUAGAAGUGGCUCCAGGGGGCGACCAGACUCCAAAGCAAUCCCGCCCACCGUAUUCAAAAGUGGAGGGAAGAGAUGAUGGACAGAAUGGAACACUCUCAGAUUCUGGAAUCUACCGAUGUGAGUUCUGUGGAUCAUUAUAUGCUAUUCCUCUCAUCUUAUCAAGACAUCUCAAGUACAAACAUGGGGUUGAUGGUAUCGUCUUUCCAUCGUAUGCAUUGCAUGAAGGCUUUCUACAGAUUGUUGAUGGAGAAAUACAUGGACCUGCCUGUAAAUCGAAUGACUUUGAACUUGGUGAUAAGGAGAUUUUGAAAGAAGGAAAUGAAGUAAAUAUGACAGUUGAGUGUAAGUCACGUAUAGAUUCAUAUUUUGCAUCAUGCCAGAAAGUUAUUGACAAUGAGAAGUUCUUUGUAUGUGAUCAAUGUGGUAAGGCAUUUAGUCAAUCUUAUAAUCUCACAUUACAUAAACAAAUCCAUACAGGUGAGAAACGGUAUGUAUGUGAUCAAUGUGGUAAGGAAUUUAGUGAAAAAUUUGAGCUAAAUAUACAUAUAAAACAAAUCCAUACAGGGGAGAAGCCGUUUGUAUGUGAUGAAAGGGGUAGGGCAUUUGAUCAAGAACAUACACUCACAACACAUAAACGAAUCCAUACAGAUGUGAAUCCCUAUAUAUGUGAUCAAUGUGAUAAGGCAUUUUGUCAAUAUAGUGAUCUAACAAGACAUAAACAAAUCCACACAGGUGAGAAGCCGUAUGUUUGUGAUCAGUGUGGUAAGGCAUUCAAUCAAUCAAGUUCUCUUAGAAGACAUAAACGAGUCCAUACAGGUGAAAAGCCCUAUGUAUGUGAUCAAUGUGGUAAGGGAUUCAAUCAGUCAACUGCUCUUAGAAGACAUAAACGAGUCCAUACAGGUGAAAAGCCCUAUGUAUGUGAUCAAUGUGGUAAGGGAUUUUAUAACCAUAAUAGUCUCACAACACAUAAACCAAUCCAUACAGGUGAGAAGCCGUAUGUUUGUGAUCAGUGUGGUAAGGCAUUCAAUCAAUCAAGUGCUCUUAGAAGACAUAAUAAGCAAGUCCAUACAGGUGAGAAGCCCUAUGUGUGUGAUCAAUGUGAUAAGGCAUUUUGUCAAUCUAGUGAUCUAUCAAGACAUAAACAAAUCCACACAGGUGAGAAGCCGUAUGUUUGUGAUCAGUGUGGUAAGGCAUUCAAUCAAUCAAGUGCCCUUAGAAGACAUAAACGAGUCCAUACAGGUGAGAAGCCCUAUGUAUGUGAUCAGUGUGGUAAGGGAUUUUAUCACCAUAAUAGUCUCACAACACAUAAACAAAUCCAUACAGAUGUGAAUCCCUAUGUGUGUGAUCAAUGUGAUAAGGCAUUUUGUCAAUCUAGUGAUCUAACAAGACAUAAACAAAUCCACACAGGUGAAAAUCCGUAUGAUUGUGAUCAGUGUGGUAAGGCAUUCAAUCAAUCAAGUGCUCUAAGAAGACAUAAACGAGUCCAUACAGGUGAGAAGCGGUAUGUUUGUGAUCAGUGUGGUAAGGGAUUUUAUCACCCUAAUAGUCUCACAACCCAUAAACGAAUCCAUACAGAUGUGAAUCCCUAUGUGUGUGAUCAAUGUGAUAAGGCAUUUAGUCGAUCUGAUCAUCUAGUGACACAUAAACAAAUCCAUACAGGGGAGAAGCCCUAUGUAUGUGACCAGUGUGGUAAGGCAUUCAAUCAAUCAAGUGCUCUAAGAAGACAUAAACGAGUCCAUACAGGUGAGAAGCCCUAUGUAUGUGAUCAGUGUGGUAAGGCAUUCAAUCAAGAACAUAGUCUCACAACCCAUAAACAAAUCCAUACAGAUGCAAAUCCCUAUGUGUGUGAUCAAUGUGGUAAGGCAUUUAGUCGAUGUGAUCAUCUAGUUACACAUAAACAAAUCCAUACAGGGGAGAAGCCCUAUGUAUGUGAUCAGUGUGGUAAGGCAUUCAAUCAAUCAAGUGCUCUCAGAAGACAUAAACGAGUCCAUACAGAUGAGAAGCCCUAUGUAUGUGAUCAGUGUGAUAAGGCAUUCAAUCAAUCAAGUGCUCUCAGAAGACAUAAACGAGUCCAUACAGAUGAGAAGCCCUAUGUAUGUUAUCAGUGUGGUAAGGGAUUUUAUCAACCUUAUAGUCUUACAACACAUAAACUAUACCAUACAAUUGCAAAUCCCUGUGUGUGAUCAAUGUGGUAAGGCAUUUAGUCGAUCUGAUCAUCUUGUAAGACAAACAAUUCCAUGUAGGUG